UUGGCGCGAAGUAUUGACAAACAAAAUUACAAAACAUUUUUAGUGUUGGGUUGCGAAUGUUGCGAUUUGUUUUUGUUACUUAUGAGUUUUCAUGAAUUUGCCAAAAUAAAUAACAAAAAAUAAAUUCAAAAUGGUUCUACAGAAUACGGGAAAAUAUAGAGCCGAUAAAGAUAGAGACGACGGUAGUAAAAAGGAAGCUGGAUCUUCUUCAGGCCAAAGGGAAGAAUCAUCUGAAAGUCGUCUCCGUGUAGCAUUGGAAAAUGAUAGAAUUGACUCAAAGUAUGGGUUUGAGAGAGUGCGAGAUUCAAAAGAGAGAACAGGUUAUCUUAUCAAUAUGCAUACUGCCGAAAUAUUGGACGAAGACAAAAGACUAGUAGCGGCAAUGGAUUACUACUUCAUAGAAAUGGAUGGCACACGGUUUAAAAUAUCCCUUAUGUUCCGACCCUACUUCUUGAUAAUGGCUCGCAAGGAGUGUGAGCAAGAGGUCAUACAGUAUUUAUCUAAGAAGUUUGCGGGUACCAUAUAUAAAAUAGAUGUUGUUGAAAAAGAGGACUUGGAUUUGCUGAAUCAUCUGUCCGGUUUAAAACAGAGAUACAUAAAGCUCUCAUUUAUGUCCCAAAAUGAAAUGAUGAAAGUCCGAAGAGAAAUUCUUACUGCUGUGAAUAAAAAUAAGGAGAGAGAGAAGAAAGAUGCCAUCUAUGCAGAAAUGUUGACCAAUGCGCUGGCCAGCUCUGCAGCUUUAGAGCAUGCAAAGAAAACCACAGAUCACAUGGAAAAUAUACUGGACAUAAGGGAGCAUGAUGUCCCAUACCACGUCAGAGUAUCAAUAGACUUAAAGAUAUUCUGUGGUACUUGGUACACAGUGAAGAGCAGAGGCACAGAGACACCUAUAUUCACCAAACGGGAUGACAUUAUAGAAAGGCCCGAUCCCAUAGUCCUGGCUUUCGACAUUGAGACUACAAAGUUGCCGCUCAAGUUCCCUGACUCACAGACGGACCAGAUUAUGAUGAUUUCUUAUAUGAUUGAUGGGCAGGGGUAUCUGAUCACUAAUAGAGAAAUUAUAGCUGUUGAUGUUGAGGAUUUUGAGUAUACCCCUAAGCCAGAGUUUGAAGGUCAAUUCAUUAUAUUCAAUGAAGCCAAUGAGCUAGAGUUGAUACAGAAGUUCUUUGACCACAUUAUGGAUGUUAAACCCCACAUUUUUGUUACUUAUAACGGUGAUUUCUUCGACUGGCCGUUCGUGGAAGCGCGAGCGGCGAUCCUGGGGCUGGACAUGAAGCAGGAGAUCGGGUUCAGCAGAGUGGCCGCUCGAGACAACACCUACGCCUGCCGCCCCGCCAUGCAUAUGGACUGUUUGUGCUGGGUGAAGAGAGAUUCGUACCUGCCUGUGGGGUCGCAAGGCCUGAAGGCGGUGGCGAAGGCCAAGCUGCGGUACGACCCUGUGGAGCUGGACCCGGAGGACAUGUGUCGGAUGGCGGCCGAGCAGCCACAGGUCUUGUCCAAUUACUCCGUGUCCGAUGCUGUGGCCACAUACUACUUGUACAUGAAAUAUGUCCAUCCGUUCAUAUUUGCCCUGUGCACCAUCAUCCCUUUGGUGCCUGAUGAGGUGCUCCGCAAAGGCUCGGGCACACUAUGCGAGUCUCUGCUGAUGGUGGAGGCGUUCCACGCCAACAUCAUCUUCCCCAACAAGCAGCUGGAGCAGCUCAACAAGCUGACGGCGGACGGCCACGUGCUGGACACUGAGACCUACGUCGGCGGACACGUGGAGGCGCUGGAGUCUGGUGUAUUCCGGGCGGACAUAAAAUGCAAGUUCAAAAUCGUCCCGUCAGCUGUCCAAAUGUUGAUGGACAACACAGAGAAGACAAUGAAACACGCUAUAGAAGUAGAGGAAGGGGUCCCGUUGGACAUGGUGACCAAUUUCGAUGAGGUUUGCUCCGAAAUCAAAGCCAAAUUGCAGCAUAUGAAAGACCAUCCGAGAAGAGAUGAGAAUCCGCUAAUUUACCAUUUGGAUGUCGGCGCUAUGUACCCGAAUAUAAUUUUGACUAACAGAUUGCAGCCUUCUGCGAUUGUGAACACUAGUAUAUGUGCGGUGUGCGACUACAACAAGCCGGGGGCCACGUGCCAGAGGCACAUGGAGUGGAUGUGGCGCGGAGAUUACUUGCCGGCGAGCCGCAGCGAGUACCAGCGCAUCCAGCAGCAGCUGGAGACGGAGCGCUUCCCGGCGCUGCAGCCCGGCGGCGCGCCGCGGCCCUUCCACGCCUUGCCCAAGGAGGACCAGGCCGCGUACGAGAAGAAGCGGCUGGCGGACUACUGCAAGGUGGCGUACAAGAAGACCAAAGUGACCAGGUCUGAAGUGCGCACCACCACCAUCUGUCAGAAGGAGAACUCCUUCUACGUCGACACCGUCAGAGCUUUCAGGGACCGUCGCUACGAAUACAAAGCGCUGAACAAGCAAGCGAAAGCCAAAGUAUCCGAAGCUGUAGCAAGCGGCGAUGCGGCAGAAAUCAAAAUAGCUAAAAGCAGAGAGGUGCUUUAUGAUUCCCUUCAGUUGGCCCACAAGUGUAUUCUCAACUCUUUCUACGGCUACGUCAUGAGGAGAGGUGCCCGAUGGCACAGUAUGGAGAUGGCGGGCAUCGUUUGCUACACGGGCGCCAACAUCAUCAUGAAGGCACGGGAAAUCAUCGAACAAGUUGGCCGACCUCUCGAGUUGGACACUGACGGUAUCUGGUGCGUGCUGCCGUCGUCUUUCCCGGAGAACGUGACGGUCCACACCACUCAUGCCAAGAAGAAGAAAAUCAACGUGUCCUUCCCCAAUGCUGUGCUCAACGCUAUGGUCAAAGACCACUUCACAAACGACCAAUACUUCGAGCUGACAGACCCUGAAACCAAGAAGUAUGAACAGCGUUCAGAAAACUCCAUAUUCUUCGAAGUGGACGGGCCCUACCUUGCAAUGGUGUUGCCAGCGUCCAAGGAAGAAGGCAAGAGGCUUAAGAAGAGAUAUGCCGUGUUUAAUUUCGACGGCUCGUUAGCUGAAUUGAAAGGCUUCGAAGUGAAACGCCGCGGAGAACUGCAGCUGAUCAAGAUUUUCCAAUCAUCAGUUUUCGAAGCAUUCCUCAAAGGGAACGACCUCAAAUCCUGCUAUGCCGCCGUCGCUAAAGUGGCUGACUACUGGCUCGACGUGUUGUAUAGCAAAGGCUCCAACAUGCCAGAUUCGGAGCUAUUCGAGUUGAUAUCAGAGAAUAGGUCGAUGUCGAAGAAACUAGAAGACUACGGCGGUCAGAAGUCUACCUCCAUCUCCACCGCCAAGCGGCUGGCGGAGUUCCUGGGGGAGCAGAUGGUGAAGGACGCCGGGCUGGCUUGCAGGUUCAUAAUAUCUCGUAAACCGGAAGGCGCGCCAGUAACGGAACGCGCAAUUCCCCUUGCCAUCUUCCAAUCGCCGGCCGCUGUCAAACGACAUCAUCUCCGGAGGUGGCUGAAGGACAGCAGUAUCACUGAACACAUCGAUAUCAGAGAUGUGCUGGAUUGGCCGUACUAUAUCGAGAGGCUUAGUGGAGCUAUACAGAAGAUUAUUACUAUCCCGGCGGCGAUGCAAGGCUUGGACAACCCAGUGCCCCGGGUGCAGUACCCCGACUGGCUGCACAAGAAGAUGCUGGCCAAGACUGACAAGUUCAAGACGAGGAAGAUCACGGACAUGUUCUCCGCCAAACCCAAGGAGCUGAGGCAGAAUGACCCCGAUGAGGAAGCUUCCGGCAGCCAUGACGAGUCUGCAGUGAGUGUGGAAACGGAAAUGGACAUGGAGGACAUAGGCAAAGGGCCCACUGAGUCCUCCAGCAUACGGCCCGUGGUGCACACGGUGAAGAGGAAGCGCGAGCCCUCGCCCGCGCCCGCACAAUCAUGGCGGGAGGCUUUAGGACCACCACCGCCCUUUGGGAACACUAAGGAGGAGCGGAAACAAUGGAUUCUAUUUCAAAAAAGAAAAUGGCUGUGGCAAAUGGAGCAGAGAGGAUACAGGAGUCGCAAUAAGAAAGGUAAAAUCGCGGACUCUGAAGCGAUGCCCCCUCCACGGGGCGUUGGUCCGUCGAAUACGCUCGGGGGAUUCAUCCGCAGAGCACAGCGGACUCUGCUAAACACACCCUGGCAGAUUAUACAGGUAGCAGAAACAGCGGAGCCGGGCCUCUUCCGCCUGUGGGCACUGGUCGGGUCGGAGCUCCACCAGAUCAAGCUGUCGGUCCCGCGCAUCUUCUACGUGAACCAGCGCGUGAGCCGCGCGGCGGAGCGCGGCCGCUACUGGCGCAAGUGCAGCCGCACGCUGCCGCGCGCGCGCCUCGUGCUGCAUCUGUACCAGUACUCCGUGCCCGAGCAGCUGUACCGGGACCACCAGGAGGAACUAAUGGGCGAGUUGUCGACGCCAGAGAUCGAGGGUAUCUACGAAACUCAAAUGAGUUUGGAGUUCAGAGUGCUCGUACAGUUAGGCUGCAUCUGUGCUGUCGACCAGACAGAAGCGAGGCGGUUGAUCCAAUUGGGCUCCAAUAACAUGGAACAGUUUACGCUCAACCAACUUCAGUUCAAAAGUGUUGCACAUCAGCCGUAUUUGCAGAAACAGGACGGCAUCUCCCCAAUAAAACACAUAUACUUAUACCACCACUCGGCGCCGAACUCGUCGCGCAGUAUGUGGGCGCUAGUACUGGGGCCAGUGAAGAGAGCCUACGUCUUUGUGCUGGACACGGUGAAGACCAACCAGAUGCCCAACAUGAACACCCUGUAUGCUACUGAGAGGACUGCCAAAAUAAACCUCGGCACAGAAGAAAGCACUCUACCCAACGCAGAGCUAACAUGGGAAGUGUCCAUAGAGACAGAAGCAAAGGCAGUAUACCGCGGUAUACAACGCGCCCUGCAGAGAUAUCGCGACGAGCGCUGCGGGCCCACGCUGCUGGCGCUGCAGGCCCCGCUCACUGCGUCUGCGCUGCUCGCGUUCAUGCCUGGUCUAUCGGAGUUCCCGCUUGUAACCCUGCACGUGCGCGACGUGGAGUCUCUGUACAACACGCUGGAGUGGCAGAGGACAGGCGCGCGGGCGUUGGUGCGCCAUUACCUCAACCUGGACUGCGUGUUGCAUCUCACCAUAGAACAGUGCAGAUACUUCCACGUGCCUUUAGGCAAUAUGCCAGCGGACCCGACGUUGUUCGGCGCGGAUCUGUUCUUCGCCCGCCACCUCAUUAAACACAACUUCGUGUUGUGGUGUUCCAACUUGGAGCGACCAGACUUGGGAGGAAGGGAGAUAGACGACAACAGACUGAUGAGCGAGACGGAAGCGGAAGUAGUGUCGCCGUGCGGUCGGAACAGCAGCGGCGCGUACCCCGGCGUGUGCGUGGAGCUGCGCUGCGACGCGCUGGCGGUCAGCGCGGCGCUGCAGGCCGGCCGCGUGCUGCUGCUGGAGGGCACCAGCGGCGAUCUCGCAUUCGGCCUCGCCAUACAGGACGUCAUGGCCAACACUGGAGCAAACGCAACAAUGAACUAUGACGAGACAGCACAAUGCAGCGCGGCGUUCAAAAUAUUACGGACCAUGAUCGCGUCCUGGCUGCGCGACGUCACGCAGUUCAAGAACGUGUUCGCUGACUUCCAGAUCUCGCACUUGUACAGAUGGCUGAAAACCCCCACAUCUCUCCUCUACGACCCAGCGCUACACCGCACCCUCUACAACCUGAUGAAGAAACUGUUCCUCAUGUUAGUGGCCGAGUUCCGAAGACUGGGCUCCGUCAUUGUAUAUGCCGACUUCAAUAAAAUAUUAUUAUAUACUAAGAAGAAUUCUGUCAUGGAUGGUAUUGGUUACGUGGAGUUCGUGGUGCAGAGCAUCCGCAACAAGGAGCUGUUCCACGGCAUCGACAUCCGCUACGAGCGCUGCUGGUCCUACCUGCUGUGGCUGGACGAAGCUAACUUCGCCGGAAUACAGGGUAAAUUACCUUCGGGUUUGGUAGAAGUCGGGUCGUCUCAGUUACCAGCUCCUGAAGAAGGUGAAGAGGAGGAAGGCACAAUUAGCAUGCAGUGGAAUCUCGCGGAGUACCUGCCAGUGUACGUGCGCGAACAGCUGGUGACGUGCGUGUGCGGGCUGCUGAGCGCCGCUCACACGCGGCCGGGCCAGCUGCGCGCGCUCGUGGCCGGCGAGAUCUCGCAGAAACUCUUCCGUAUAACGGAGAAGAUAAACAGCCGCUACCCGACGCUGCAGCAGUCGGCCAUCCCCCCCUCCCCCGCGCUGACGCCGGCCGCGCUCGACGAGGACAGCUCGCCGGCGCUGCUGCUGGUCACCGCCGUCUGCAAGGUGUUCUCGCUGCACAAGGACAUUGAGGACGAGGUGACUCUCCUUCGCCGCAAUUUGCUCCGCUUAAUCGGCGUCGGGGAGUUCAGCAGCAAAGCUGAGUGGCGCUCGCGCUGCGGCAGCUGCGUGCUCAGCGAGGUCAUCUGCAAGGUCUGCAACCACUGCCGCGACCUCGACCUCUGCCGGGACACCCAUCGCGCUCACAUAAAUGACGUGCCAGUGUGUGUGUGUCCGACAUGCAACACAGCAUACGACAACCAGGAGCUGGAGUGGAGGCUCAUAGAAAUCAUGAACAGGCGAGCCAUGGCUUACACGCUGCAAGAUCUCGUGUGCAGCAGGUGUCAUCAGGUAAAACGCGAGAACUUGUCUGUAGUAUGUGACUGCGCGGGAGACUUCGCCUUGAUGGUGCCUGUCAAAGAGAUUCACUCACAACUCACUAUAUUCAAAACCAUUGCAGAGUAUUACAAGAUGCCGCUGCUACAAGAACUUAUUGAAUUCAAUCUGAGCAACAUGUGAUAAAUUAUGUCAAUUUGUUAAUUAUAUAAGUAUAAUAUUAAAUUUAUUUUUGUACCA